AUGACGCGCCGGUGCCCUAGGCUCGUGAGGAGCAGCUCGAAUUACCCACGACCACUCCGCUCGCUAUGUUCACAAUCCACCCUCUCUCCCGCGGUCCACGUCCACUCUCUCUACCAUCCUAGCCGGCGAAGAACCCAGUCAAGCUGGGCCACUGCUGUCUCAGCCGCUCAGCAUGUCUUCAGCAGUACCCCCGACCCCAAGUCGCCAAUUGGGCCCGACCCGUUUCAGACCGUCGCGAAAGAGAUGAAGUUUCUCACCAAGAACAUAAGCCAGUUGCUGGGAUCCCGCCAUCCUACACUAGAUACAGUAGCGAAGUACUAUACGCAAUCAGAAGGGAAAUAUGUACGGCCAAUGCUGGUGCUGUUAAUGUCACGAGCUACUGCUAUCGCCCCCAAGAGUGGUCGCUCGCUCAUACCGGAAUCUGUGAACAAGUCCUUCGCUUCCCCCAGUAUUCUUGUGGACGAGAAUCCUUCUACGCCAGGCUACUCGCCAACUACAUCGCUAUCGAACGAGCCUGUCUAUUCCUCUGAAGAUUCAGACAUCCUUCCGUCCCAACGACGCCUGGCCGAGAUCACCGAGCUCAUCCACACUGCCUCCCUCAUCCACGACGAUGUCAUCGAUCACUCAGAAAGCCGGCGUGGAGCGCCAUCGGCAAACAUAGCCUUUGGCAAUAAAAUGGCAGUGUUGGCCGGCGAUUUCAUGCUGGGACGAGCGUCUGUUGCUCUAGCGAGGCUACGGGACCCAGAGGUAACGGAGCUAUUGGCGACAGUCAUUGCAAACCUUGUGGAAGGAGAGUUCAUGCAGUUGAAGAAUACGGCACAGGACGAGAAACACCCAAUGUGGACCGAGGAUACAGUCACGUACUAUCUACAAAAAACCUACCUGAAAUCUGCGAGUCUGAUAAGCAAGUCAUGUCGAGCUGCCGCUUUACUUGGACAGAGUACCCCGGAGGUUGUCGAAGCCGCAUAUUCAUAUGGGAAGAAUCUUGGCUUAGCUUUUCAGCUGGUCGACGAUAUGCUGGACUACACAAUCAGCGGAGUGGAGCUUGGAAAACCUGCCGGGGCUGACCUGGAACUUGGCCUUGCCACAGCGCCCUUGUUAUUUGCAUGGAAAGACAAUAAGGCCCUAGGUGCGCUCGUCGGGCGGAAAUUUUCCCAGGCGGGAGAUGUCCAAAAAGCUCGAGAACUUGUGGCCCAAAGCAGCGGACUAGAACAAACUCGAGCACUUGCUCAAGAAUAUGUUGACAAAGCGAUUCAAGCCAUCAGCGCGUUUCCCGAAAGCGACGCCAAACAGGGACUUAUCGAGAUGUGUGAAAAGGUGCUGAAGAGGCGGAAUUAG